UCCCUUUUGGGGACGAACUAUUGGUACUGCAUGACGUAGGCUUGGCAGUGCAUAGAGUUUUCAAGAUGGCGGAAACUGGAGAUGAGAUGGAGUACAACUCCCAUCAUCAUCGAAAAUAUGACAUCAGUUCGCGGCGAAAUGAAUGGGUGAAGCUCAAUGUUGGAGGAACGUUAUUUUCUACGACGAGAACAACCUUAUGUAGAGACCCAAAGUCGUUUUUAUACCGGUUAUGCCAAGAAGAUCCCGACUUGAACUCGGACAAGGAUGAAAAUGGAGCAUAUUUAAUCGACAGAGAUCCCACAUAUUUUGGACCUGUGCUAAAUUACCUACGGCAUGGUAAAUUAGUAAUUAAUAAAGAUUUAGCUGAAGAAGGUGUGCUAGAAGAAUCCGAGUUUUACAAUAUAACUGACCUCAUCAAACUAGUAAAAGAGCGAAUACGAGAAAGAGAUGCUAAGCAAAACCAAUCGCAUUUAAAGAAUGUCUACAGGGUGUUACAAUGUUCAGAAGAGGAACUCACACAGAUGGUGUCAACCAUGUCCGACGGCUGGAAAUUCGAACAGUUAAUAAAUAUAGGUUCUUCAUAUAAUUACGGAUCCGAGGAUCACGCCGAUUUUUUAUGUGUGGUGUCUAAAGAGUGUAUGAAUGUUCUAAACGGUCAGGAGUAUGAACCGACAGAUAAAGCUAAGGUAUUACAACAGAAAGGUUCUCGAAUGUGACAGUUAAAAUGCCCUCCAUUGUUAAUAAGAAAGUGGCGUCGGUGUAUCCAUGCGCUGAAAUUCAUUCGGAAACUACAGACGUCCGCCUACCGUCACACGCGCGAGAUCAUUGAGUUCUCCAAUCAGGUGUAAUUGUGUGUUUUUGUACAAGUUUGGCGAGACAUUAUGGGGCAAUUCUGAAAAAAAAUGACAGUUGCAGGCUGGUAUAGCUACAUGUAAUUGCCACCAUGUGCUUGAGGUAUUUGUGUGAGUCAUGACUUUCAUGUCAAGCUAUUUAGGACGACUUUUUGCUAAAUUAUUAUGGCACCCAUUUUAGAGCUAUUUUGACUUUGGGUACUGGAAAAUGUUAAGGAAGAUUGAGAGGCAGUGGUUGAAUUCAUGCCCUGGAUUCUUCAUACCAGUACUGAAUGUUGAAAUGAUUCUAAUUUCAUGGGUAAUCCUCGAAUUCAAGUAACCGUACGUUACUUUUCAAAAUUGUCCCAGGUCCUACAAAAGCUGGCUUGUUUUUAAAUGCAAUCAUGAGUGGCAGUGUAUCACAAGAGUGUGCAAGUGUUGACGCGUUGUGUGAAGCAACUGUCGACGAUGUUCAUGUCGUUUUUACUGGCGUCUGUGAGCUUGUGACUCGCUGUCUAUUUUCAAAGUGAGGUUCUUUUUAAUCAUAUGCGUCGUCUUUCACGGUGCAGCUACGGACGAUGACUGCCGUUGAUGCCAUUGGGAUUCUGGAUAUUCUUCGAACUAUGGCUCAAGACUUUAAUGUUAUGGGAUGUUUUCACAGUGUGAUCAACUUGUUUGUUUGCUUGCAUCAUUCAGCUGAAUUCAUCAAAGCCAACGAUCAAAUUUGUCGGUGUGUCAAUUAAUUUAUUGUAUUUCUGGGAAACACAUCUUCACAAAGUAUUGUCAGAGAAAAUAGCGUAAACUAUGAACUUCUGGGUAAAUGAAUUUUUUUCACAGAUCUAUUUUGUGUCAAAUUGCCAAAUUUGUCCAACUUUUGGUUUGACGUAAAGAAAUAUACUGUAGGAAUGGUUCCACCCAACCUACACCUCAUACAUAAAAACAGUUAUGCCCAUUGUACUUGUCAGGGGUGUAAUCUUCAUUUGGCAUUGCAUCAUUUCUCAGUAUUCACUCACAGUAUAAAACGUAUAUGUUUUCUGCUCCUCAUGGUAUCACAAACUCAAGUCAUGAUCUUUCAUAUGAUUUGAUGCUGUUUAUUGGGUUAGGUUAGGUGGUACAAUUAAAGCUUGGUACAGUUAUAGCCUCUGUGUGCAUAAAUGUGUGCAAUCAGCUCUGUUUCCUACAAUGUAGGGGAUAUAAUUGUACUGGGAUAUAAUUGUACAAAUUAGCCUUAUGUAUUUUCAGUGAAUGUAUGGCAUGAGUGUGGUAUCUUGUAAAGUUAUAAGCUAUGUCUGGAACAUGGCAUCUAGUAAAUGGGUGUAAGAUAUUCCAAAUGUUGGUUGUUGUAGAGUGCCAGGCCCACCAAGGUGCAAUCACACUUCUUUUUGAGGGCUCCAUCCUGUGAACUCGGAUAUUUUCACAUGUUUUGUUUUCACACAUUCAUGGCCAAUAUUUGAAAUAAUAUAACUAAAAAAUAGAAAUUUGGUUAUGGAAAACUGUGAACAGAUUUUUUAGCGAACUUUUAGUGCAAUGAACAUUUCAGAGUUUAAAGUACUCAGUUUAGGGGCCAUCCAUUAAGUAUGUAUGCACCGAGGGGGGAGGCUUGAUACCAAUGUGUACAGCCUGCGUACCGGGUACAGGGAGAGGGGGUCAAAGCUAAAGUGUACUUACGCACCGAAAGCACGAUUUUACACACUGAUCACCGUAUUCGACUGACGAUCGCGCCAUCUACCACCUCAAAUUAACAUCAGUUAUAUGUCACAUGUUGUUGUCGUCUGCUUGCAUUUUAUCAUGACCAAUUUCACAAAUAAUGGUAAUACCGCAAGGUGUUUAUUUCUGAAUUUGCUCUCAUUUUAAUAAUACAUCACAACAAGCUGUUUUAUAUCGGCAAUAGACGCCGGCCAACACUCGGCCACGUUGGACAUUAUACAUUAUAUGCGUAAUACUAUGGUAAGAUACCAACUCGCGCGUCACUGACGCAAACAGGACGAAUGUCAAUAUAUUGUGAUUUUGACUGUAUACGCCUUUUGUUUGGUGCAAUCUUGGCCAUCUGAGGUUGCAGUGGUUUUCCCAGAACAUGUCACAUGCUUUGAUGUGCAAUACUUCAAAACACAAUCACAGUCUGAUUUCUCCUUUGGCCACUCUACAUCAUACCCGCAAAUCUGGCUGAGAUUUUAUAAAUCUAUGCACUCAGGUGAAAAACGUUCAACAUGUACUAAUAUAAUCUUUGAUUUUGUCUGCUUGUCUCUGGUAUGUAGACUUUUAAAGGUGUUUUAUGAUUGUUGCCAAAUUCAGGUGUUUCAAAAGCUGGUGGAGAUCUUUUUAAUGGGAAACUUUGUUGUGAAUAGAGGAAUCUAAUUUGCUCCGUUGGGGGAAAAACUGUCGCUCACCAAGUACAUUGCAAGGUCUUGAUACAUACUUGAUAAUACAUGUACAUUUUUGGGCAUGUCAGUUUUGACGUUGGUCGAAUGCCUUCAAGUGAAGAGCUUCAUGGUAUUACAGGCAAUAUACUGUGGUAUGACAAGCAAUAUCUCUAGUCAGUAGCACCAUGCCUAGUUCCAUUCCAAUUUUGUUGAGCAGCCAGUACAUGCACUAAAUGUAUAUGCCCUGGCUGCAUGGCCAUUGGUCGAAAUUAAACCAUUUGCUUUAUAUAAACCUACAAGCUUUAUGUGUAAAUGUACCAUAAGAUGUUCAAUGUCCAUUUUCAAUAUAUGCAAAUUUGUUGGUUACAAUGACAUCAUUCUUUUGGUUCCAUACAAGGUGAAUUUUGCGUGAUCAGCAUUUUAGCCUACUUUUACAUUUUCACUGCCCACGAAAACGUACUCUCAUUUCCUGUUUAAAACCUUGUGCAGAUCACUUAGCUGUUGAUAAUAGGGUUCCAUUCAGAAACCCGCAUAUGGGAAUUCCAUAGUAAUGACUACAUGUACGUGUAGAUGCAUCAACAGCUUUAAUACCGACUUGGCACGGGAAAUGGAGGGAUAUUGUAUUAUUGGUGCAAAUUCACUUUGAGCGCAAAUGUCUCACCAACUUCACUUUAUGCUGUUGAGACUACAUGCCAUGAAUGUGGUACAUGUGUGUUCUCUUAAUCCAUCUUGAAUUGCCAAAAUAUGACUAUAAGGAUCACAAAAAAUGUUGUAGCACCAUGUAUAAACCUCAAGUGAUAAUAAUUGGAACAAAAUUCACAAACAGUUUGAGCCAAAAGUAAAGUGUGUUUAUAUAUUGAAUUGGUCGAAUUGGUCUAGUCGAGAAACAUGCUUAUUCAGGCAGGCCUGCCAACUUCUUGGCUGGCCUACCCUGGGAAGUGACAAAGAGUAAGUGUACAUUACAGUCAGCACAGGCCAAAAAGCUUUUAUUGGAAAAUUAUUUCUUUCCAAAACGCUGCUGAAGCUAGGAAGUCUGUUUGAUACUCGGCAAGCUGGAAAACCUUUCCCAGGGUGAUGAGUACAUCUGUGCAAUAACAUUGCAAUCUCUGGUUUGGCAUCUAGGUGGGUACUUUUCAUGAAGACAGGCAUUUUCGUUAUGAUGCAUGUUCUUGGCCACCUUUUUCAUGUGUAAGCAGUGUCGUCGUACCCGUAGACUGUAUCCGAGGUUGGUUCAAUUUGACCCAAAAUCUUUGUAUGAAUGUUAUCAAUAAAUAUGAUUUAUCCAGUAA